AUGCAUUUGAUGUACACUUUGGGCCCUGACGGCAAGCGUAUAUACACGUUGAAGAAAAUCACCGAGGAUGGUGAAAUCACCAAGUCGGCUCAUCCUGCCAGAUUUUCGCCCGAUGACAAGUACUCGAGACAAAGAGUGACUUUGAAGAAGAGAUACGGCAUGUUGCCCACCCAAAACUAG